AUGCCAAAGGAAACAAUAACCAUUACCGAGAUUGAGUUCUCCAACCUCAAUGAGGUCGGUAGGUCGGCAUUUCAUAACGAGUCUUUAGAUAUCUCCGAGAAUCCAACAACCACUGAGCAAAACAUAAACGAAAACAAUGAAACUUAUCCAGAAGGAGGUCUUAAAGCCUAUAGUGUCUUAUUCGGAUCAUUCAUAGGACUAGUUGCCAACUUCGGUGCAAUUAACUCUAUAGGUGCAAUUCAGGCUUACAUUGCUACUCAUCAACUUGAGGGAAUUAAAACGUCUACAGUCUCCUGGAUUUUUUCGAUUUUUUUGGCAGUGGCUUUAGGUAAUACGAUCUUUGUUGGUCCUUUCUUUGAUCUUAAGGGAGCAACAUGGCUUUUGGUUCUGGGUACAGUAUUGGCUUUUGGAGGAUUUAUGGCAGUUGCUAACUCGACUACAGUGCCCCAUUUCAUUUUAUCCUUUUCUUUUUGUGUAGGGUUGGGAGUUUCAUUGAAUACUCCACCAUUGGUAGGUGUGUUGAGUCAUUGGUUUAGUCUGAAACGAGGGGCAGCUAUGGGCGUCGCCACUGUGGGAGGGUCGGUUGGUGGUAUAGUUAUUCCAUUAAUGCUACAAUCACUAUAUGUUAAAGUUGGCUUUACGUGGGCUAUUCGCUGUCUUGCAUUCUUCUUUUUAGGGUGCAUGAUAUGUUCCAUCUCUCUUUGUCGAGAACGGUUCAUUAGAAAACUUCAAACAUAUGAACAAACGCAUAAGUAUAAACAAAUUUAUUAUCAAGUAGAAGAAUUAUUCGAAUUCAAAUCAUUAUUGGAUCCAACAUAUUUCUUCUUAAUGGCUGGUACCUUUGCUGCCGAGGUUUCCAUUACGACAUUGUUAACGUAUCUUGCAACUUAUGCCAUGACCCAAGGGAUGAAGGAAUCUGACUCAUAUAUUUUGCUUACGAUUUUCAAUGCUACAGGUGUUCCAGGUAGAUUAUUACCUGGUUAUAUAUCAGACAAAGUUGGUCAUUUCAAUGUAAUGAAUAUCAUGUUAUUGGGAUUCACAGUAUCUAUUUUGAUAAUUUGGUUGCCGUUCGGAUCAAAAUUUGGAGCUUUGUAUGCAUUCGCUGCAGUUUGUGGAUUCUUCAGUUCAUCUAUUUUCAGUUUAAUCCCAGCUUGUGUGGCCGAUAUAACUCCAGUGAACAAGUUUGGUCAAAGAUAUGGAUUAUUGUACUUUUGUGUUAGUGUCGGAAAUUUAUUUGGAAUUCCACUCAGUGGUGUCAUUAUUGGGAAUGGCUCUAAACACCAAUAUAAUAUGUUUGUUGUUUAUUGUGGGAUUUUAGCCUUGGCUAGCACUGUGUGUUGGAUAGUAAGCAGAUACUACAUUGUUGGAACUAGAUUGAAUGUCAAGAUAUAA